UUAGAUAUUAAACCAGAGUGCGCCGACAGCUGAACCAAAUGCCCGUUUGACCUGUAACCCAGCAAAAGUAGAAAUCUGAAGCUGCUGCUGCUUUAUCAGUAUUAUCCACAUACCACAUAUGGUUUAUUAACGUAUUCUGCCCACUGUUGUGUUGCAUGUGAUCGGGUACCUUUAACCGACUUGGAAGCAAAGUCCUUUCAUCAUGGCACUGGCUGGAGUGAGGGUUAUUGAGCUGGCGGGCCUAGCUCCAGCACCGUUCUGCGGCAUGAUCCUGGCAGACUUCGGGGCCAAGGUGAUCCGGGUGGACCGGACCAAGGCCGGCAUGUCUCUAGACACCCAAGGGCGGGGGAAACGAUCUAUGGCCAUCAACCUGAAGACGUCAGAGGGGGUGACCUUGCUCAGGAAGCUCUGUGUCCAGUCUGAUGUCGUCCUUGAGCCCUACCGUAAAGGUGUGAUGGAGAAGCUGGGCCUCGGUCCACAGGAGCUCUUAAAGGAGAAUCCUCGUCUGAUCUACGCUCGCUUGACCGGGUACGGACAGAGUGGAUCUCACGCCACCGCAGCAGGGCAUGACAUCAACUACAUAGCCAUGUCAGGUCUCUUAUCCCGGCUGGGUCGGAGUGGAGAGAAGCCCUACGCUCCGUUAAAUCUGAUAGCAGACUUUGCAGGAGGCGGUCUAAGCUGUGCUCUGGGAAUAGUCCUCGCUCUGCUGGAGAGGACAAAGUCGGGGAAAGGACAGAUCAUUGAUGCCAGCAUGGUAGAAGGAGCCGCGUACGUAGGUUCAUUCGCAUGGAAAUCUCGUAGCAUCGGUAUGUGGGACCGUCCUAGAGGACAAAACAUGUUGGACAGCGGAGCGCCCUUCUACGAUACCUACGAGACCGCGGACGGGAAGUACAUGGCUGUGGGAGCCAUAGAGCCGCAGUUCUACACACAGCUACUUAAAGGUUUAAAGUUGGAUGCUGGAGCGUUACCUCCUCAGAUGAGCUUCACUGAUUGGCCAGAGCUGAGACGGAUCUUCACAGAGAGUUUUGCGUCAAAAACCCAGGCGGAGUGGUCAAGGACUUUUGAUGGGACUGAUGCCUGUGUUACACCUGUGUUGUCUUUGGACGAGGUGAGCUCACACCCACAUAACCAGGAAAGAGCUUCCUUCGUGAAGGACCCCAACGGGGAGGAGAGCCCCCGACCGGCCCCGGUUCUCUCUCGGACUCCUGCAGAACCUUGCCUUGCCUCUGACCCUGUUAUUGGGGAACACACAGUUGAAGUCCUAAAUGAGUACGGGUUUACUUCAGCAGACAUAGACCAGAUGCUAACAGCAGGGGUCAUAGAGUGUAAUGCAUUCAAAGCAAAGCUGUAGAGGCAUAAUUGAUAUCACUGAUUGAUUUGGACAAAAAACACAAUUAGACCACUACAAAGUAAGGUCUUAAAAUGAACACUUUAAAGUUUCUUUAAAUACUUAUUACGUACUUUCCUAAAUACACAUGAAACACUUUUCAUGUCGGCAUAAAUUAUAUCCACUUCACAGGAAAUUUAAAAACAGAAAAUAUUGUCAUUUCAAAGCUGGUCCGCCCAUUUCUCCUGCUAUUUCCUUUUUUCAAAAGCAGUGGUGAAGAACACCAGGAAAACUUCAAGGAAAACAAUGAGGGGAAAACAGCUUCAUUGUUCUGUUUUAACUAAUAGUAUAGCUCAACUAAAAACACAAAAAUACAGAAUCCGUCAGCACGUUAGCGUUUUGUUCACUACCGAUACUGUGUGUAAGAGGUACUGAAUAUUAUCUGCACUUCACCUGCUUAAAUGACUUCAUAUAGCAGACACAGGUUUCACAGUUGCCAAAAUAAGUUUUUGUUCAUAGAUUUAUGAAUCAGCAGCACCAAAAAUAUAAGGUAAACACAGCCUUUAUUGUUGUGUAAGUUUAAUGCCUAAUGUAAACUGGUGGUAAUCAGAUUUCAUAGUCAUCUCAGUGUCUUGCAAAAGACACAGGAAAUUAUGUAAAAGAUAAAAACUAAAUCUUGAAUUUAGCUGCAUUAAAACACGUGAACAAAGCCAUCAGGACACAACAGGUCCGCCCUUUCUCCUCGCUCUCACUAAUAGUACAGUUCAAACAAAAAAAAAUGUUUGCUACUGUAAAGUCAGUAACAAAUUAAAUUCAACAUUAAAUAUUGAUUUUAAGUAAAUUCUCAAUAAAUACAGGAGUUCAUAAACACUCACAAGUGAAUUUUAUGCUCCAUAGACAAAAGAAGUGGAAACACAACGCAGACAGAUCUAGUGGACAAUGGUCAUCGCUUUGGUUUUGUGGUAAAUGUUGAACAUAAAAAGCUUGCAGAUGCUUGUGUAUAUUAAAAGUGCUACGCAAGGAGUUUGAAGCAAUUUAAGACAUGCUUCAUCUCAUACUUUAUGUGUAUUGCUGCCUGUGGAGUGAUAAAAAGUAAUUACAUAAGCAGAAAAUAAUGAGUACAAGAUAAGUGGGAACAAAAAAAAAUCGUUUGUGAUUUUUAAUUAGUUUACUCAUCAGUAGCGCUUUGUACAUUUCUAUUUAUACAGUAGGGGUGACCGGUGCAAAAGUCAUUGUGUCACUUCACUGCAGCGUGGUGGUGCCGCUGAAGGUUUAAGUGAUUAUUUUUAAAUGAUUAAAUGAUGAGGCUCUUUGUGGAGGGACGCCUAAUUCUAAUUAAUGAAUUUCAUUAAUGUCAAUCAAAUGCUGUUUGAUUAAAAUAUUUUAAAUAUUUUUCUGGUGUGUGCAGAGUCAAUCAACAUAUCCAGAGCACCUUUACUUAAAUUAGGAAUUUUGAAAUACUAAAUUAGCCUCCGCCACAGCAAGUACAUGUAAAUUUCAAACUGGCUGUAUUACAAUUUUGUAAAAUAAUCACAAUAAAAUGCAAAUGCUGGAAAUGUGAGUGUUAUGAAAUAUGAGCAUGUGAUGUGAAGGAGAGAUGACUCGAAACAGGCGACAGAAACUGAAUGUUGGAAUGACUUUUCAGCUAAACAGUAGGCUUAUGGAUUUUAGGUAAUAGGAUAUAGUGCAGAUUAUAAAUGUAUUCCAUUGUGUAUUUUGUCAUGAGCCAAUCUGUUUUAAGCUGGAUAAAUUCGGCGUCAAGAAUUUCAAGACUUACAAGGAACUUACUCAUCAGGAAACUGAAAUGUGGCUCUGAAAUGAGCACAAAAUGUUGCUAAAAUAUGCAAAGGUUUAAAGGGUCAGUUCACUGAAAACUUUCCUCUCUUUCCUCUGGUGUUAUGUAGCCAUGCAGAUAGUUUGAUUUUCCUUAUUAAGCUUUUGAGAUAUCUGUCUCUUGAGAUGAGGUGAGUGGAAUUUGUGGCGUUCAGAUUCCGGCCACAAAAAGACAUUUGAGAAACUCAUCAGCAAACAACGACAAACUCAGAAUGAUGUUCAUUAUCACCUCCUUGGUGCCUCUAGGUUUGAAAGAGAAAAAAGCUCCAAAUGUGCUGUCUUAGAUGCCCCAGUGGUAGAAAAAACAGGAAAGAGUGCCCUCUUCAGUGGCUCGAUAGGCAAGAAAACAUGAUCCAGCGUGCUUUGUCUGUGUGCUGGUGUCCCACUGCAGGUAGCUGAUGCCCUUUUUUUCCCCGCCGCUGCCAUUUUUUGUUUCCUCAAGGCCCUAAUUAACUUGGUGAAUGCAUGUCUGUCCUCAUAAAACA